CUGAAUGUUUACUCGGCGUUAGGGACUGGACGAUCUCUUGUUGUGUCUGGAAUAAAUACAUUUUUCUAUUUAUGUGAUACAGUUGAAAGUUAAAAUAAAAGGAUGUCUUUGAAAGCGGAAGUGCCAGGCAUUCGACUUGCCAUCGAUCAUCUACAAGAAUUAGGAGAAAGGAUGCAGAACGAAGACUAUGGUUUCAAAGAAAAUGACGUAGAAAAUAUUGACAGCAUAAUUGAAGCUCUUGGUGAAUUGGAAGCUGAGAGAGACAAAUUGCAUGAAUUGCUUGAAAUAGAAACAAUCCAGGCCAGUGUUUUACGCCAUAAACUACAGGUUUACCCAGGGAAGAUAAAGGGAGAAAUUGAAGCUGCUGUGAAAUCUGCUCGCCAGUCUAAUGCAGAUGAAGUGCAACGGCUCCAGAGCCAGCUGGAGAAGGUCACCAAGAAUAUUGAGUUUCUGGAGUUAAAACUGCAAGAGUUAGAAGAGGAAAAUGCAAAGCUUUUACCUGAGAGAGAUGGUAUGCGCAAAAAACACGAGGAAAUUAUUGCAACACUGAAUGUCAGACUAGCAGAAAAAGCAACAAACCAGAUAUCUUUAAAUGAAACCAGAGACCAACUUCGAGCAACAAAUCAGAAUAUUGUUAAUCUUGAAGAAAAUAUUCUUAUUCUUAAAGAAGAUAUGAUCCAGGAAAGGGCAGAUGCCAGGAUGGAAAAGAAACGUUUGAAAAAAGCUGUGUAUGACACAACCAUGAAGGUCAGAGAACAAAGAGAUGCUAACAUAGUGAAGAAAAAGGAACUGGAUGCUUUGUUAGAAAAAUUAGCUGAAAGUGAGGGUCAAUUAGACAUGAUUAGAAAGAGUAUAAGAAGAUAUGAUACUUCUCGUGCUAAACUAGAAGGACAAGAGAGGGCUUUAAUGGCACAACUGAACAGAGAAAUAAAGCAAAAUCAAGAGCUAAAGCAGAAAAGAAUUGAAAUUGAAGAAGAGAGUAACAGACAGCAAAAAGAGUUUGAAGAAAGCAAAGCUGCACUUGAAGGAAAAUUGGAAGAGCUUGAAGUUGAAAUUCAGAAACAGAGCAAGAAGUUUGAAAGACUAGAUGGACAGAAAAUGAUAUUGGAAAUGGAUGUUGAAGAUGCAAUGGAACAAAGAAGAAAAGAUGCUCAAAAUGUUGAAGAAAUCAAUGGCAUUUUGCAGGCUGCUAAGAUAACACUGGCCAAGAAGGCAGAGGAAACAGGCCGUCUUACAAACGAAAAUGUGUAUAUGGAAGAAGCUAUUGUAAAACUCAAGGAAACCCAUGAGCUAGUUGUUGCAACAUUGAAUAAACAGAUUGAAGAAUACAGAGACCAACUCUCAAAGGAGAGGGCAGAAAGGUAAUUUUUUUA